CAGUACUCAGAGCUAGCCAGCACAAGACGGCGCGUGAAUACACAGUGUCGAGCCAGCGUAUGAAACAAGCUCACCGCAGCAGUCGUCAGACUAGCCAGCGAGACUCUAGCACAAAUAGUGAACGAUUACGAGAUUUUUGUUUUUUUCUCAUAAUAAGAAUGAUUAUAUUUUAGAAAAUCUUUGUACAACGAAUUUACCACAAGCAAAAAACAAAAAACAAAAUCUCAGUGUUUUAAAAACAUUUUCAAAUAUUCAAAUAAAUAAAUACGAAAUAUUGUGUUUUGAGGCGUAAAAUGUUGCCAUGGAUUUUCGUGGUAUUUAACGCGGCGAUCAAGUGAAAGAAAAAACUAUAAAAGGUGUGUAUUUGUAUUCAUAGUUAUUCACAGCAGCUGUCUUGAUUAGCAGCUACGAAGUGUCAAAAAUCGCAGCAUGCAGCUACUUCCUUUGAUCCGGAGUGAAAGAAAUUGCGCCUUUUCGGCUACGAAUGUUUGAGGAAGUCGCGCAACUUAAUCCUUAUCAGCCAAACAGCUUAGCUAUCUGCCAGCUUACACACACACAUACAUACAUAUGUGGACGGUGCGUGAGUGAGUGGUUGUGUUUUGAACAACAAACAUAAAUACAUACAAAAGUGCAAGAAGAAAUAAGAAACGGUUGUGCGCGGUAAAUAAAUAAUAAUAAAUUGCAUAGGCAAGGAUUUAUAGCUGCUGUAGAAAUAGGAGAAUCCCAAGCGCCAAUAUUUGUGCGGACAGCUGUUGUGUAACUGAUAUGAAUUUGCAAGAGCGUUUGAUGUUUCUACGUCUGCCUACAUACAACCAUACUUCGAUAGUGACUCAUUUAACAUUCGACUCAUACAACAACAACGAUUGACCUUCGGAAUAUUGCACUUAGAAACGAGGAAAUUCAUUACUUUGAUUUAUUUAGUUACUCACUGCCAUUUGGAUUGGCGCUGCUGAUUACAAGGACAAAUAUUCCAAGGAUUUGCAUUUACACACUGCCAAUUUGCUAUUCUAUUUUAUACCUAAUCUACAUUGCGAGAGAGCGAGAGACAGCUAGCGAGAGAGAGCGAGAGAGAUCGCAGAAUAUUACGUCACUAAAUUGAAAUUAAUGCAACAAAAUGUAUAAGUUACUGGUCGGUUUGAAAUCUUAUCUGAAAUGGCAGCCCGUUCAGACGGACAAUGCCAUCUUUCGACUGCACAACUCAUUUACGACCGUGUUGUUGCUCACCUGCAGUAUGAUCAUUACGGCCACACAAUUUGUAGGUCAGCCGAUUAGUUGCAUUGUGAGCGGCAUACCGACGCACGUGGUGAAUACGUUCUGUUGGAUUCACAGCACGUUUACGAUGCCAGACGCAUUCAAGCGACAGGUCGGCCGCGAAGUUGCUCAUCCCGGUGUUGCCAACGAUUUCAACGACGAGGAUGCCAAGAAAUAUUACACGUACUACCAAUGGGUCUGCUUCGUACUCUUCUUCCAGGCCAUUGCUUGCUACACGCCCAAGUUCUUGUGGGACAAAUUCGAAGGCGGACUCAUGCGCAUGAUCGUAAUGGGUUUAAAUCUGACGAUUUGCACGCGCAAGGAGAAGGAAGCCAAACGUGACGCAUUACUGGACUAUUUAAUCAAGCACGUGAAGCGUCACAAGCUAUACGCUAUCCGCUACUGGGCCUGCGAGGCACUGUGCUUCAUCAAUAUUAUCAUUCAAAUGUAUUUGAUGAAUCGUUUCUUCGAUGGCGAAUUCAUGUCGUACGGCACUCGCAUUAUGCAGCUAUCCGAUGUGCCACAGGAACAGCGCGUCGAUCCCAUGGUUUACAUAUUCCCACGUGUCACCAAGUGCAUCUUCCAUAAAUAUGGUGCUUCCGGCUCGCUGCAGAAGCACGAUUCACUCUGCAUACUGCCGCUGAAUAUUGUUAAUGAAAAGACUUAUGUAUUCAUUUGGUUCUGGUAUAUGAUUCUGCUGGGGCUGCUAAUCGGCCUAAUGAUAUUCCGCGCCUGCAUCAUCUUCUUGCCCAAAUUCCGACCUCGCCUACUCAAUGCUCGCAAUCGUAUGGUACCUAUGGAGAUCUGCCGAUCGCUCUCGCGCAAACUGGACAUCGGCGAUUGGUGGCUCAUCUACAUGCUGGGUCGCAAUUUGGAUCCCGCCAUCUACAAGGACGUGAUGAGUGAAUUUGCCAAGCAGGUCGAACCUUCGAAACAUGAUCGCACCAAAUAAGGUGUGAGUUCAAGGAAUUUGCGAGCAGUCAGGAGGAGGAGUAGUAGUGUUAAUUAAGCGACUCUGUCAAAGUGGAAAAUCUGCCUGAACCCCAAUACGGAAUAUAUUGAUGGUCUAGUUUUUUUUUCAAUUACAUACAUACAUACGUAUAUAGAGAUGUGUAUUGCAAUGGCAACGAAGGAUGAUAGAUUUCUUUUGAUUAGAUUGAUAAACAUCUUUUCACCAUGAAUGGCACCUAAUGAACCCAAAAAAAAUGACAAUCUGAUGUAGUUCUGUGAUUAAGAUAUUUUCUACAAUUCUAAUUAGUAAUUUAUAGAGAAAAAAUGAAUUUUAUGAAAACCAUGAAAGCAGUAAAACCGUUAAAAACCCAAUGAUCACAACUCGCAUCAUUAGCAAAAACAAAAACUAUGAACUUUAUGUACAAGUGUGAAAAACAAAAAGCAUUGCAAAUUAGCUUAUGACCUGAUAUAUGAAAACAGUAUAUGUAGGUAUGUAUGUAUAUCGUACAUAAAUAAAACAUAUAUAAGUAUGUAAUUACUUGUAAGAUUUGAAAUUUAGUGCAUCUUUACUUUAUUCAAAUGUUCGCUUUUGAGUCUUUAAAUUUUUAUAUACUUAUAAUAUAAAAGUUGGCGUAAAUACGAAGAUGUUUUGCAUAAUAUUAAGCGUAGUUAAGUAAUAAAAGAAAGAAUUUACAUAUUUUUUAUAAUAUGCAAUAAAUAUUGUUUUAAGAAAAAUCGGUGAAUUUGAUAAUCAAAUUGGAUUUUAUAAGCCUGUAUACUAAAAUGCAUAAACGAUAUUUUUGUAGA